UAUUGUGCAUAUAACCAUUUUCUUUCUGUCAUCUGUCAUUUAUCUGUCAGACAUUUUACAUAACAUUUAAAAUGUCGAAAGAACUAAAGCCCUUUAAAUUUUUUGAUUCCCCCGAUGGAGAGGAUAUCUUUAAGAAGUUAUCGCUCGCUUUAAAACCCACAAUUUUGGCUGCCAUUGGUUUAUCCACCGCUGAUGUAUUGUUGUAUUCUCACCCGAAAGGUUAUGCCAAAACACUAGCUCGAUAUGCAUUUAUUGGACUGCCAAUAAUAGGAAUAACAUCCACAUUCGUAAUUGUGACAAAUUUAGCUGGAAGCUUAAGGAAACAGGAUGGUAAAAUAAAUUGGUUCAUCGGGGGAGCUGCAGCAGGCAGUCUUUUUGGAGUAUGGUCCAGAAGACCUAUGGUUGGUUUUAAUAUGGCUAUGUUCAUGGGUAUUAUGGGGUCUAUGAGGAAGUCUGCUCAACAGCAUGGAUGGGAUGUUAUUCCACCAAGUGAUACUCCAAUUGCUGCAGGUACCGUUUGGUCAGUUCAUCAGGAUUGGACUCUAACAGCAGAAAGGCCACGAGGAUGGACCACCAGCAAGCAAUAGAUUUGUUUUUUAAUAGUGUUUUUUGUAAAUAUUUAAGAAGUAAAUAAACAUAAUGUAAAUUAA